AUGGACUCCUCCUGGCUUCAACAUGCUGACCCCACAUUCACAGCUCGUGAUUUAACCCUUGAAGCAGCCCAAGCAGUCGGUAUUGGAAGGGCGGUUAAUACCGGUGGUCCUUCUAAGGGUAUCCCCUUCGCAAAGCUGAAGGCUCUGCUCGACAGCCGCAGUGACCGUGACAUUCUCGAUGGCUUGAGGAGGGUUAUUGCUCUCAUCUACCAGAACAAGCCAGGCCUGCCGUACUUUUCGUCAGUGGUUAAAAAUGUCGCCAAUCCGAACAUCGAAGUCAAGAAGCUCGUCUACAUCUAUUUGCUUCACUAUGCCGAGUCAGACCCAGAUCUGGCGCUCCUUUCAGUCAAUGCCAUCCAGAAAUCACUCACCGACACCAACCCGCAGGUGCGAGCCUUGGCGUUGCGGACCAUGUCGGGCAUGAGGGUGCCUGUGAUUAGCCAGAUUGUCUCCCUGGCCAUCAAACGGGGAGUCAGCGAUAUGAGUCCUCACGUUCGCAAAGCCGCAGCAUUGGCCAUCCCAAAGUGCUACAAUUUGGACCCAAACUCGCUACCACAGCUACACGACUGCCUCCAGACUCUCCUUGGAGACAAGCAGUAUUUUGUUGUGGGUCCUGCCGUCCAAGCCUUCCUCGAAAUAUGCCCGGAACGCAUUGAUCUGAUUCACAAGCACUAUCGUGGCCUGGUGCGAAAGCUGGUCGACAUGGAUGAAUGGAGUCAGCUCGCAACGCUCAAACUCCUCGCCAAUUAUUGUCGGCGCUGCUUUCCGGUCAAGACGCAGAAGAUCACCAAGACUACGAAGAAAGGCUUUUAUGAGGAUGAGCCGGAUGAGACAGAAGAGACGGAUGAAGUAGUCCGGAUCCUGGAUUCCGAUUUUGAGAGCUUCCUCAAAGCCUGUCGAAACCUGCUGCAAUCCCGAAGCGCGGCCGUUCUUACUUCGGUGGCAGCGAUCUUCUUGCAUCUUGGUACACCUGAGUACCUUGCAUCUGUUGUCGGGCCAUUGGUUGCUUUGCUCCGAUCAGGUCCGGAAACGGCGGAGAUUGCACUCUACAACAUCGUCGCUAUUGCACUCGAGCAACCAAAACUGUUAGUGCCCUACAGCUCUCAUUUUCUGAUCUCAGGCAGCGACAGUCCGACUACAUGGAAGCUCAAGAUUGAAAUGCUCACACUAAUAUUCCCGUACGCCGCUCUCAACUUGCAGUCGCUCAUCUUGAACGAGCUCGAGCACUUUUGCCACUCGUCGUCGAUAGACCUUGUGCGCGAGUCCGUGCAAGCCAUUGGCCGGUGUGCUCAAUCUUCGCCCGAUAGCUCAGCACGAUGUUUUCGUGUGCUUCUGAAUCAGAUAUCAAGUUUUGACAACUUGUUGGUGUCCGAGGUACUAACUGUUAUGCGCCACCUCAUGCAGCGAGAUCCAGCAUCUCACCACAAGACCAUAGUACGGCUAGCUCGAAACCUGGAUCGAACCACCAGUCCACAGGCGAGGGCCACAAUCGUUUGGCUCGUUGGUGAAUUUGCCAUUCUCGAUGAUCAGAAAGAUGGCGGUUCCGGUAGAACUGGAAUAGCCCCUGAUGUUUUGCGGAUUCUAACAAAGAAUUUCUGCGGUGAAAGUGAAGAAGUGAAGGCACAGAUCGUGCUCCUGGCCGCCAAAUGCUACCUGUUAUAUCUCCAGGAGCAGAGUCAAGGCGAUACUGCCCGGGUUAAUGGCGACAAGGAUGGGACACGAGAUGAUGCGGAGAAGGAGGCUCAGGGCAUCAGCAAGGAUGAUGCUCUCCCCAAAUUAUGGGAUUACGUGCUCUUACUUGCACGGUACGACACAUCCUACGAUCUUCGAGAUCGAGCAAGAUUAUUCAAGAAUCUGCUGGUGGAGCCGAAGUCGACUCAGCUUGCGAGCCUACUUCUACUUGCACCGAAGCCGGUCCCCCAUUCACCGUCACCCUCCGAGAGUCGGAAGGGUGUCAUGAUUGGAACUACCACGUUGGUACUAGGAAAGGAUGCCGCCGGCCUACACGGCAUCCCAGGAUACGAAGAACUGCCUGCUUGGGUAGAGGAAGGGCAGGAACCAAACCCUCAACUGAGAGAGGGGGAAAUUGUCGCUGCUGGUGGCGAUGCCAGGGCGGCAGUCACAGCUAGCAGCAGGCUUGAUGAGGCUGUGAAAGAACAAGGGCUUGAGAGAGUUGUCGCAUCCGGAGCCAGGACAAAAGGUCUCGCCGGCGCCGCGAAGGCAAAGAACCUGGACGACUGGCUAGCUGAGAGCGAUGAGGAAGAAGCAUCGGAGUCUGAAGAAGAAACGGUUAGUGAGGUCGAGACCGAAUCCGAGGAGGAAGACGAUGAAAGCGAAGAAGAAAGCGAGGACAGCGACGACGAGGGGGAUCAGGCGCAGAGAAAAGGGCUCAUGAGCGGAUAA